CCACAACAAAACCUACACGAGCUCAUUGACCGAGGCCUAUGCUCGAGGGCAUCUUGUAUGACUGCUAGUACGCGUGAGAAAGCUACAUUUGUCUAAGAAGCAAGCUUGAUUGACAGCAUGUCUGCUCCGAAGCAAGCUGCCGCUACAGUGGGACCACCGUCGAGUGCUCCCACAAACAUGGUCAUCUCUGAAGCCGUAGCAGAUGCACCCACUCAACGCUUCUAUGCCAUCUCUCUCUUCAUAUUCAUACAAGCACUCAAAUUUUAUGAUCUGCUACAACUGUAUGCUCCUGGCUAUGGAGGCCCGAGCGAGACGGCAUUCACGCUCAAGUGGAUCGGCAUCGAUGCAGCCUAUCUCUUCCUCAUCCCAAAGCUCAGAAUACCAUGGCUCAGCUUUGGUCUCGUCACAACAAUCGUCCAAAUUGCACUUGCUGGCAUCAUCAAUAUUUGCUUGUCAGCGCGGAUAUCCAUCAGCAUCACGGCCCUUGGUAGUUUGCUGCUACGCACUUUCUAUGACCGCGAGCUCAGUGUUCUUGAGAACCAAAUUCGUGUAUCUGAUAUCGUUCACAAUGCCUCGCGCAUCCUUGGCAAGCACACCAUCAAUAUCCUGCCUGAGUCAACAGCGAAGCUCAACCCAAAUCAAGCGUGCUUUUGCAUUGAUGUUUCCGGCGAACAGCAUAAUCUGCGGCCGCGCGACAUCAUUGUGCCCAUUCGUCUUAAUGCAACGGUGCCUAUGUUGAUUCAAUACUCGAGAAUCAAUCCAGAGAACAACAAACGCACCUCACACAACAUCACCGGCAAGCCACUCAAGCAAAUCCUCAAGCAUGUCGAUUACCAAAAGCAUCAAGCAUGGCAGUUCCCACUCACGCUAAGUGAACCAGGACUAUACACGCUUGAUCGUGUCCAAGACACUUCAAAGUUGGAUGUGCGUCUUUAUCGUUCGCAAGUUCUUGUUGUCGCUUGUCCAAGUGCAGCGCUUGUUGUCCCAGAACGACUUCGAGAAAGUCCUGACCGCUGUACAGGCGACUUGGAUGAGCUAUCUUUGCGAGUCACUGGCCUUCCGCCACUCAAAGUCAAGUACAAUAGAUGGAUCGAAGGCAGAGAACGUGCGAGCACAAUCGAUGCAGUCAAGCCGCUUGAUUAUACGAGUCCACUGAUGAUCAGCCCUCGCGAACAUGUCGAUGGCCCUGGUUCGACAGCACAGCUUAGCUUGACGCAAGGGGAGCCGGAUGAGCUGAAGAGCGAUGGUGAGCAAAAAUUACUGCAAUUGGCUGAUGUGGAUGAUAUCGCGUGGGCUCAAGCGCAUACGGUUGAAGUACAUCUCAAUGCAAGUAUCGCUACUGCUGGUAAAUGGUCCUACUAUAUUGAAGCUGUCGAGGACGCUUGCGGUAAUGUCGUCAACUAUGCUGCUGGUAGCAAAACCGGUACUGCAAAGCAAAGCCUGCUCGAGCAAAGCGCUCCAGAGCAAGCGUUUAUUGAAGCACCCAGCUAUCAAUUUAUCGUCCAUGAGAGACCCUCCAUCAUGUUUCGCGGUUGUUCACCAGAUCACCCUGUUCGGCUUCUGGAGGGCCAGGAAGCAAAGCUCUUCUUUGAUAUCACCUCGCGCGAACAAGGUUCGUUCAUGGCUGCUCUUGGUAAGGGUGAUGUUGACACACUCGUGCCGCUCAAUGGCGCACCCUUUCGUAAUCUGACCUUCAAGUCCAAGACUGCCGUGACGACAGUACAAGAGGCCGGCAUUUACACCAUCGAAAGUUUCAGUUCUUCUCACUGCAAAGGAAGUGUGCUCAUGCCGUCUACAUGUGUUGUCAUUACCCCGCGAAAGCCUUCCAUUCAAGUAUCGUUCGACAGCAUUCUUGAUCAAUGCGCAGGCUCAAUUGGAUUAUUGGCGGAUCUGACAUUCACUGGUCAGCCGCCAUACGAUAUCGCUUGGAAGGUUAUUAAGGACGGCAAGGCCACCCUCAAUCGGAAACGUAUCGACAGAGGUCGUCAUCAGCUCAGAUUUACACCUGAAGAGGCCGGACACUAUGCUUACGAAUUCAUGUCAUUGGAUGAUGCGAAUUACAAGGGCAUCAGCUUGGCCUCCGCUGGAGAUGAGGUCAAGAAGGAGCAGAUUGUCCAUCCACUCGCCGGAGCCCAUUUUGAUCGUAAGGAGACCCGGAAAUGCUGCAUUGGCGAUUCAGUGGAGAUUCCUGUACGACUCGUUGGUUCUGGUCCCUGGUCCCUGGCAUAUGAAAUCAUCCAUGGCAGCAAGCGAGAGCGGUUUGAGCUGACCAAUCUCCAAUCGCCGGCGCAAGUCAUCAAAACGCCCGCCAUGACGCAAGGUGGACAGUACCUUGUUUCACUCGUGAGUGUCAAAGAUGGCAAUGGCUGUCAUGCACCUCUCGAAGAAGUCGAAGCAAGUAUUGAGGUCCGCCGCGACCGGCCAAGUGUCUCGUUCUACACUAUCGAUAACAAGCUCGAAACAACCAUCAUCGAUGGCACUUCAGUAGACUUGCCGCUGCGUUUCCUUGGCGAUGGGCCUUGGGAGCUAUCUUACAGUACACCACGAGGCCAAGGAAAAGUGAGCAUGCGCGAUGCCAACGGCAAGCUCUCUGUCAAAGAGGCCGGGACAUAUAGCCUGUCUGCAGUCCAAGAUGCGUACUGUCCCGGCACAGUGAAUGCCAAAGCGCAAACUUUCACAGUCAAUGUCUUUCCACGACCGCGACUAUCCCUGCCUGCGUCCUCAGCUGAAGAGAUUAGACCUCGAGAGCAUGUUCGUCGCGAAGUUUGCGAGAAUGACGAGGAUAGUUUCGAUGUGGACAUUUUCGGGGCGCCACCCUUCGCCAUUACUUACGAGAGGGCACUUCUCAAUGCACGAGGUACUGAGCAUGAUCGCAAGCAGCUGUCUCUCAACGCUGCCUUACCUCGAGUGAGUAUCAAGGCCAAAACAUCACCAGCUGGGCAAUAUCGUUAUACCUUCCAUGGCGUGGCUGAUGCUCGCUAUGACGCAGAAGAUGCCAAUGGACAAUUCACUCUGCUGCAAACAGUCAAUCCUCGUCCUGAAGCCGGUUUUGUUCAGCGAGGCCAGUCCUACCAGUAUUGCCUCGAAGUAGACCUUGCUGAGCAAGAGGCUGAUCGAGUUCCCGUCAAAUUUGUUGGCGAAGCACCCUUCACUGCGCGAUUCCGCAUCAAGCACGAGCUGACGGGCCGGACGAGCUAUCUGACAGAGCAAAAUAUCCAGACGCACACUUGGUCCUUACAGAUCCCAAAGAGUAUGCUGACUUUGGGCAAGCACGCUAUCAGUAUCGCCGAAGUCAGCGAUGCAAAGGGUUGUGCACGCACGUCUCUUGAUGGUCAGGUAUUCAUUGCCAUCUCUGAACGGCCUAGCAUCUUGCCUGUGUCUUCCCGACAAGAGUUUUGUGUGGGUGAUCGCAUCUCCUACGCUCUUCAGGGUACGGCGCCAUUCAAGAUUGACUACGAGUUUCAAGGUUCCAAGAAGCGCGCGACUGAGCAUGGGCCAGUCUUUUCCCGUAUCGCAGAGAAGCCAGGACAUUUCAAAAUUUUGAGCUUGGCUGACAGUGCCUCGAAGUGUCGCGUGGCAGUCAAUGGUCUGGACAAGACAAUUCACGAUAUUCCCAGUGUGCGGGUGUCUGAAGGCAAAACCAUCAUCGAGUCUAUCCAUGAAGGCGACCAGGCGGAGAUUGUCUUUCAUCUGUACGGCACGCCGCCUUUCUCGUUGACGUACACACGAAGUGUCGCUGGCAAAGGUGGCAGGCAGCGCGUGUUGGAGACACACACAGUCAGUGGGAUCCAGGAGAACAAGUAUGUGAUUCGGUCGAGUGUUGCAGGUACCUUUGCGGCGACAGAGGUGCAUGACCGCUAUUGCAGGAUAUCUUUGCAGAAUUGAGUGUAGCUGUAGAAAGGCACAUUUC